AUGUUCCGCCGGAAAGGUAAAGGGAGCGCACAAGCGUUGGAUAUUCCUCCGGAGAUUAUCUCCCAGAUCCUGCAAAAGGUUUCUGAGAGUCAUUCUCGCAAGGACUUGGAGAACUGCUCGCUAGUAUCGCACACCUGGUACCAGCAAGCGAGGCGUUUUCUCUUCUCUCAUCUCGCGAUAAGCUCGAUGCAAUACCAAAGGCCGAAGGGGGAUAAAAGUAUCGCAUCCUUGUGGAGCCACCGACGUCCACAGGAACCGAAGCCUGGCCCGGAGCACCACCUCGAACGACGACUUACAGGUUUACUGAAGAUGGUCGAAAGCGAUCCGGAUAUUCCUCGCUUCGUUCGACACGUCUCCAUUGUCUUUCCUACUCUACAGCCUGUCAAUGCUAGCGCCCAUUAUUUUCUGGAGCUUAUCCAGAAACUCGAUGGGGUCGCCACGCUUGAUGUCAGGUUGAACACACGGCGCAACGACUCUAUCGGAUUCUGGGAUCCCACACCUUUACAGCAGAAGGCUGAAGAAGCCAUCCGGCACCUGUGUUCUCUUCCGACUUUGGAGAGGCUGUCCAUCACAGGGGGAAAGCUCCCAUUCAGCAUCUUUCUCCACAGUCCAGCACUUCGCUCACUCACGCUGUCAGACAUCCAAGCCAACUCUCAAGUCGUUGACCCGAUUUCUAACCUAACUAUGGAUCCUUCCAUGACCACGUACGCUCCAUUGAAGGCUCUCACAUUGAAUGUCGACGAUCACUCCAUCGAUUCGUCCGGCGUCGCCCAUUUAGUCCCUCUCUUCACUCGACACCACACCCGGUUUUUCCGGAUGCUUACGCACCUGGUAGUCCCAAUCCCCAUGUCACCUCCCGACCUGAAAUCGCUGCUGGAUGUCGUCGCAGCUUCCCUCACCCAUCUCGUUGUAACCAUAGGCGCGCACGGGGGCCGAGAUCUUCGGUUUGGUCACCUAGAGAACCUCCGCUCGCUCUCGGUCACCUACCAGGGCAGCACAACCAGCGCCUUCCCCUCUUUCUAUCCCUACAUAUCAAGGACGCUUUCGAACCUCCCAUUCCAUACCUUGGAAACUAUCCGACUCGAGCUGUCCAUGUCGUGCAGGAACAUGGACAGUUGGCACAUAUCGUCCAACGACGUUCAAUAUCCGAACGCCAUCGAUUCACUGUUAGCGCCUUAUGCGCUGGGACGACAGGGGCGGCUGCGGGAUGUAGAGAUUUGGGUGCAUCAGGCGAGAUGCAAACGGCAGUGCGGGAACGCGAAGCGGGCUCCUCACGAAGCUCUCAUACCGCAGCUUUACGACCUAUCCCUCACGGACACACGGAUCCGAGCUGAAUGCAAACGGAUAGUACGCCAGAUUUAG